UCUAUGCAUGAGUCACAUAAUUCACACUGCAACCAUGUGCAUUUGGAUUAGCUAGACUGCUAGAGCACCAGUGAGGGCCGGCCUGCUUAUUCUUCUUUUGGGCCAUAGUGUGCCUCACCAGUGACCAAUCAUGAGGUGGUAAACCCCAUGAACACCCUUUUCACUAAGCUAUAUAGCUAUGCCUUGUAUGCUUGUAUGGGCAUCACCUUCUCACUCCUGCGCCAUUGCUUCUCCUCUCCUCCCCUUCAGUUUUUUUUUCUGAGAGAUAUCAAUUAUCAACCCAAGCCCAAACCUCUGACCCGGUGUCAAGAUCAGUUGGUCCUGAACAUUGCUUGCACGGUUGGUUCUAGUGGGACUGUAAACUCGUAGAAAGGGCUGAUGAAAAGAUCGAACCCUUUGAUCCAAGGGUACCUACCAGCAUUCUUCAAUCGCUGAAGUUCUUGGAGGUUCCCGUUCCCAACAAGGGCUGCGAUGGGCAGCAGCUAUCCGUGGAGUCCGCAAUUUGGAGUCGACGCCAUGAACGGCUUCUUCGCGUCGAGCGGCGGCUGCAUGCUCGGCGCUGACGUGCCGCCGUUCAACCCGACCAUGCCACCGCCUGAUCACGGCGGGUACGGCCUUGGCCCCUGCUCUGGCGGCGCCACGGCGUCGGGUGUCGAUUCGCAGUUCGCGAGGAACAACCUGCUGCUCGCCUCCCUCGCCGGCCAGCUCUACGCGUCUGCUUCGCACGCGCAGCCGCCACCGCCGCCGUUGGGCGAUCACCUCGGCGCGAGGACGCCGCCGGAGGAGGAGAUGGACGGUGGCUAUGGCCGCUCCGGUGCGGUGACCCUCGCGUGGCACGGCCAGUCGGAUGCUCGUGCCAUGGCUCCCUGCUCCGUUUCUUCCUCGGACAGCAUGGCGAGCAGCACCGACCAGUUCUCGCCUGGGCCGAGCCGCUCCGCCGUGACGCACACGAGCAGAGCCGAGCAGUCGCAGCAGCAGCAAGCGUACUUCCAGCAGCCGCAGCCGCGCUUCUGGCCGGUGCAUUUCGCAGUGGUGGUGGCGCGCUCGCCGUACGCGCCGGUGGCGCAGCGGGCGCUCAACGACGCCGUCGACCACGUGCUGCGCGGCGUGGCGGACGUCGACGCCGACGAUCCGGCCGUCAGCGGCGCGUUGAGCUGCUCCGCGGUGGGCCUCGGAGACCAGUCCAUUGCCACCCUCGAGGAGCAUUCGCACGGGCACGGCGGCGCGCGGUGGGGGGAGGCUCACAGGGUCAGGAGCGAGCUCAUCAACCUGCUUCAGCUCAUGGACGAGAAGUACUACCGAUGCCUGGAGGAGAUCCAGAGCACGACGGCCAAGUUCAGCGGCCUGAUGCAGCCGUCGGGGAGCUGCGGGGGCAGCAUCUGCGCGCCUUUCGCGCACCGGACCGUGUCGUCGGCGUACCGUGCACUGAGGCGGCGGAUCACCGGCGAGAUCAUGGCGGCGGAGGGAUGGCCUAGUCACCCCCACCGCGCGGAAUCCUCGAUGAUGGUCUCUGGCGUGAAGAUGGAGGAGAGCGGCAGCUGGGACGAGUCGGCGUUCAUACAGAAGCACCUGGUGCCGCGGCGCCGCGCGCUGCCGCACCAGGACUGGCGGCCGCACCGCGGGCUGCCGGAGAGAAGCGUGUCCGUGCUCAAGGCCUGGCUGUUCGAGAACUUCCUCCACCCGUAUCCUCAGGACAGCGAGAAGGACAUGCUCGCAGCCAGGACCGGCCUCACCAGGAACCAGGUGGCGAACUGGUUCAUCAACGCUCGAGUUCGGCUGUGGAAGCCGUUGAUCGUGGAGCUUCACGAGGAGCUGAAGAGGAGCUCGGGUCGAGUGGAUGGUCCGGCACCGCCGACGAUGGAGCACAUGAGCAGCAGCCAAUACGUUGUGGGUUGAGAGAUCCUCCGGCCAGCUGGGGAGACUUGUGCUGCAAAUUGGAGCGGGAGCUCAGGUCAUCAUCUAGAGCCAGCUUGAUUUGAACUGAUCGGCGCAUUCAACUUGCAUCGAUAGCAGAAUUUUAUGCCGUUCGACUCUAAAUGCGAUUCCAGUCCGCUUCGUGCACAUCGCCACCAGUUACCACUUCUCCAGUCGUUGCAUUUGAAGUCUGUAAACUGAAAUGCGUCGUUCUGAAUCGAUCGAGAAUUAACAAGAAAAUCUCAGUCAACCCAGU